UGGAUGGACCAGUGUACCUUGAACUGUUCGGAGGAACUUCACUCUCUUCUCCUCUUUUAUUCUUUUCUCUUUUUCCUCCUUUUAUAAACUUUGUUCGUGAUGUCUAACCUCCGCUCCGCCCCUGCGGCCUUCAGGCGCCUGUUGCGCCGUAAAGACUCGGGAAAGUGCGUCAGUUUUUCAUGUUUUGACGCAAACUUUUUGCGCCUCAGUUCGUCCUCUGCUCUGUCGAGCUCGAGCUCGAGCUCGGACCGUCACAACCGAACCAGGUCCAGGUGUUACACGAGUCCUGCCCGGACCACACCGGUACGGAUCGGCUGUGCCUCCGGGUUCUGGGGGGACACGGCGACCUCAGUGCCUCAGUUGAUCUACAGUGGGAAGCUGGACUUCCUGGUGUUUGACUACCUCAGUGAAAUCACCAUGUCACUGCUCACUGCUGCCAAAUCCAAAAUGCCUAACAUGGGUUACGCUCCAGACUUCGUCCAGGUGGCGCUGGCUCCGUUCAUGAAUGACAUCCACAGGAAAGGUAUCCGCGUCGUGAGCAACGCGGGAGGCGUGAACCCGCUGGCCUGCGCCGCAGCCAUACAGGAAGUCAUCAAGAAGGCGGGCGUCGACCUCAAAGUCGCUGUGGUGACCGGCGAUGACCUCAUGCCCCAUAGAAGCAGCUUCACUGAAGUUAAGAUGGCCGACGACGGCGGCAGACGACGACCGUUACCCAAGACGCUCCACAGCAUGAACGCCUACCUCGGGGCCGCUCCGAUCCAGCGUUGUCUGGACCUCGGCGCUGACAUCGUGGUGACAGGUCGUUGCGUGGACAGCGCUGUCACUCUGGGGCCGCUCAUGCACAGCUUUGGGUGGGAGAAACACGACUAUGACCUACUUGCAGCGGGGAGUCUUGCAGGUCACCUGAUCGAGUGUGGCGCUCAGAGCACAGGUGGGAUCUUCACUGACUGGCACAAAGUUCCUGAUUGGGACAACAUGGGUUUCCCGGUGGUGGAAUGUUCCAGUGACGGCUCCUUCGUUCUCUCCAAACCCCCGAAAACCGGCGGCCUGGUCUCCAUCGGCACGGUCGCCGAGCAGCUGGUGUACGAGAUCAGCGACCCGCGGCGUUACCUGCUGCCUGACGUCGUCUGUGACUUCAGCCGCGUUGUCAUCAAGCAAAUACCAGGUGUAGAGGGAGGUGCCGUCAGAGUGACCGGGGCUAAAGGCCUCGCUCCGUCACAUGACUACAAGGUGUGUGCGACCUACAUGGACGGGUUCAGGGCGACGGCCGUGUGUCCAGUGGGAGGACCGCGAGCGGCGGAGAAGGCGAGGAGGACGGCGGACAGCAUCGUCAAACGAACAAAGAGAAUGUUCAAACAGCUGGGAUUAGAAGAUUUCAGCUCCGUCAACGUCCAGGUCCUUGGAACUGAAGACACUUAUGGUCCCAACGCUCACACCAAGGGCUGUAGAGAGGCAGUGCUCUGGUUGGCCGUCCACCACAAACAGAAGAAAGCUCUGGAACUCUUUGCCAGAGAAGUUGCUCCUGCGGGGACUGGCAUGGCGCCUGGACUCAAUGGCAUCGUGGGUGGACGUCCUCGAGUGUCUCCUGUCCUGAAGCCCUUCUUCUUCCUACACCCCAAAUCAGACCUGAAGGUGGACAUUCACGUUGGCGGGGAGUUGGUUGAGUCGCUUUCGGAGGCAGGGCCAGACACACCUGAUCAGGAGGCCCCUCCCACCCAAGCAGAGGAGGAGCCUGACACAGAUCUGCCGAGUGGACCACACAGCUACAGGCUGGAGGAGCUGGCCUUCACCAGGAGCGGAGACAAAGGAGACUCUGCCAACAUCGGUGUAGUUGCUCGUCAUCCUCUCUUCUUCCCGUACCUGAAGAAGCACCUGACGUCUUCUGUGGUGGAGAAAUAUUUCUCACACGUCAUCGAGCCGGGAGUCGACAACGCCGUCACUCGAUACACUCUGCCGGGGAUCCACAGCCUCAACUUUGUCCUGCGCAAUUCCCUGGGUGGAGGAGGGGUGGCGUCCUUACGCAGCGACCCCCAGGGUAAGUCCUUUGGUCAGAUGCUGCUGGACGUGAAGCUGCGAGGACUGCCCGACCUCAAAUCCCUGGUGGACUGAGACGCCGGGGGAGGGGACGUCUCGGCGCGGGGAGCGUUCUGGAGACGAACGUGAGAAACCACCGUCACUCGUGGAGUCACGUACUGUACGAGGGAAAAUAAGCCAAACAACGGGAAACACGUUAUACUGUUUAAGUGGGACAAGUCAAGUUCACACCACUCACCCCUUCACUCACUCACUCAUAGCAAAGCCUUUAUGAUCUGCACAACACAUGAGAUUUGGCACAGACUCACAGGAUUUAACCACAACCCAAAAAACAAGAGGGGCUGCAUCCAGGAAACUGUCAGAUUAAAAAAGAAAAAAAACAUAAAUAACCUUUAUGAGGAAAGUCUGAGUGUAUGUUCGUCUACGAUCUGGAAACAACAAGCGCUCUGAGCGGCUCUGCGGUCAAACAGGAGGGUUUUGGUGGUUCACCAGAACAACUGUCGUCACCCACUUCCUCUGUUAACCUCCAGAUGUUUGAGAGUAAGAAAGAGGCUCAUUCAACCUCGACUGGAAACAGACAGAGGAGGAGGUGGAGGAGGUGGAGGAGGAGGAGGAGGUGAAACUGUCGGCUCAAUGAAAUCACACACACACACACCUCAGCUUCUGCCCGGUUUUUACUUUGAAAAGUCCUCGCUGGUUGCUACGGUGAUGCCUGGAAACAUCUCUGCUGCUCCUGUUUUAGUUUAAAGUCUCUGGGGUUGUGAACAAAGUGAGACCUUUAUUUUGAAAACAACAUGGUUGUAUUUUAGUUUGGUUGAACAGAAACUUUCUAAACGAUAUUGUUGCAUAUCGGUGGGUUGCACAGGAUUUAUUUUGAAAACCACAGGGCUGUGCUUUGGCGUGGAUUCACAGAAAAUUAUACUUUUAUUUUGAAAACUGCAGUUGUGUAUUAGUGGGCAUGUACAGGAACAGACUUUAACUUUGAAAAACUAAUUUGAGUGUGGAUGAACAAACUGACACCUUUAUUUUGAAAACUCAAGGUUUGCCUUUUAGUGUGGCCAUAUAGAAACUUUUGAAAACUGUGGGGUGUGCUUUAGUGUGGAUGCACAGAAACUGAAACUUUUAUUUUGAAACUGUGUGGUUAUAUUUUAGUGUGGAUGCACAGAAACUAAAGCUUUUAUUUAGAAAAAUGCAGUUUUAGUGUGGAUGCACAGAAAGUUUUAUUUUGAAAAUAGCGUUUUUGUGUUUUAGCGUGGAUGCACAGAAACAAACUUAUUUUGCAAAAUGCGGUUUUGUGUCUUAGUGUGGAUGCGCAGAAACUGAAAUUUUAUUUUGAAAAAUGCGGUUUUGUGUUUUAGUGUGGGCGUGCAGAAACUAAAACUUUUAUUUUGGAAACCGCGGGGUCGUGUGUUCUGCAGUUUUGUGUUUUAGUGUGGAUCAGCAGAAGCUACAGCGUCGGGAUGACCACACACUUUCAUUAAAAGUUCUGGCCGUUGAGGUGAAAUCGGUUUUGUCUUCUGCUCGUUAUUUUGUUCGUAUUUGAUUGCGAGGUUUUGUUUGCGUUUACAGACGUCUGUUUUUUCACAUCGUGAAGAAUCGCUAACGUCUACUUAGCGGUUUCCCGCUUCCUCUGCCGCGUGCUGAGUGUGUAUCGGGCGACGUCUUCGUUUCCCCUCUGCGUCACACGGUCAGAAUCUGGAUUUGAACUCCUUCCUUCACUUGCUUCAGGGGGAACCACCUCUGACCUCUGACCUCCCUCAGAAAGGGAGUGGUGGUUUGGGUUUCCCCCACAGUUUCCGCUCCGUCGUGGUCAGAUUUUCAGGAGACGCGAGCUCGGCAGUCGCAGGUUGAACGGACUCCUUUCUCCUCCCCCCUCCCCCUCCUCGUUCACCUCAACACGACCAGGCUCCGACGUUCCGCAGGAAUGUUCCACCAAACCCCGACUCCGUGGCCUCGAGUCUGUUUGUCUCUAAUUACAAACAGGCUGAAGCUGCAGACGCUCAGCAGCUUCUGUCAGGGACGAAAAACUUGUCUCCUCCUCCAAUUAUUUCCCCCAGAAAGUCGUCUUUCUUGCUCUCUUUCUUGUCUUUUAUCCUCCCCUCAUUUAGAUGUGCGGACUCUGUUUUUUGUUGAACUUUUGACACAAACUUUUUCGUCAAACAAUUAAAUCCAGACAUAAAACGGGAACCACAUCAGUCGCCUUCCCCGAAACAAUAAAUAAACAAGAGUUUUUCUUUUUAAGAGACGUUCAAAGACUCGUGAGAACAAGAACGCACAAAAAUUGAAAAAGUGACAAAAUUGAAAACAGACUGUAAAACGUCGGGUUUUUACAAAUCUCACCCAUUUGUCGAUGCUGCAAAGUUUUCUUCAGAACCCCAAAUUGAAAGAAGUGACAACAAUGUUUUUGUUUUGUUAUCAUUUUUACAUGGAAAUACACAAAUGAGAGGAUUCACAUGUGUCCAGCACAUCCUGCGAAGAAUCCCACAGAAUAUUUUCCCUAAUUAUUUACAGAAAUGCUUUGUCAUGAUGGAGCAACGCAAAAAAUAAUUAUUUAAAUGUGUUGUUGUCUAACACAUUUGUUUGUGGCGACAUUAUUGUCGUCAACAAUUUAGUCGUUAAAAAGUCUCUGAAAUGCGUAAGAAAAAGAAAAAAAAUGGUUCCCAGAUUUGUACCCUGAGGCACCCCAGAGUAAUAUCUGUUUUGUAAAUUCAAAACAAAUUGACCUACAAUUGUGCAAAUCCCAUUUGUAUUAUUUGAGACCAUUUGUAUUAAUUCGUAAUUUUCAGGAUUUAAAGUUUUAGUUUUAGUUGUUGAGAUUUGGACCAAAUAUGUAAAAAAAAAUCUCGUAUUUUUUUAAUCAACAAGUAAAAACAAACAUUUAUUCAAGUUACGCAAAGAAGCAGUGACGAUGCAUCUGCUCUUUUUCAUUAUUAUUAUGAACAUAGGUGCAACCAAAUCAGUUUAUUUUUUUCCAAGUUGACGUCGAACAAAUCCUUGUCAAACUCUGAUAUCAUAUCACAGAAAAUGUAAUAAUCAUUGGUGUCAAAUUUCACGCUACGCUGUCCAGUCAUCGUUCAGAUCUGUGUAAAAAGGUAAUAGCCCCAGAAUCCAGCCUUGUGGAACCCCACAUAAUUUUUUCCUUUUUUUCCUUAGUUGCCCAAAAAUGCAGUCGAACAAAUCCUCGUCAAAGUCUGAUAUCAUAUCACAGAAAAUAUAAUAAACAUCUGUGCCAGUUUUCACACUAAUCCACAUGGAUUGUUUUAAAAUAGGGAAAAAAAAGCUUUGAUACAUGAAUUGAGCCUUGUGGAACGCCAGAUCUUUUUUUUUCUUCUUUUUUUGACAGUUGCUAAACAGAAAAUGUAAAAAAAAAAAAAAUGUUGCCAAAUUUCGGAGCAGGACGGAUCCUCUGUUUUUUUUUUUUUAAGGAAUUACUGUGACGGCCUGAGCCACAUUUCAUGGUUGUUGCAAUGGUGAGCCUUGUGGGAUGCAGAAAAUAUAUUCAACCUUGGUGUCAAAGUUCAUGCUAAUCCGUCCAGUCGUCGUUCAGAUCUGUGUAAAAAUGUAUAAAAAAAAAGAAAGAAAAAAGGUAACGGUCCCAGAGUUGAGCCUUGUGGAACACCAGCCCUUUAAAAACAAACCCGUGGUGAGUUCACAAACUAAUUCCUGCGUCUCCGACUGAUUCAACUGUGACAAGAUCAAAACAAUUAAAAGGUACAGUUUUUCCUCAGGAUGUGACGUGAUUUAAACCCCAAAGCCUUACUGUGGACCCACAUGUGCACCGUGGAGUUCAUUUGCCUCCUUUUUCUUUUCUUUCUUUUUAAAAUUCUCUAACAUUUUUACACAACAUAUAGAAUCAGAGUUGUUGUCAUUAAAGAUGUUUAACCACUAAAAGCAUUAAAACAGGACGUACUGAGUGUGUAAUAUUGUAAAUUCUAAAAUGAAGAGAUUAAAGAUAUUUGUACAAUUA